UAUAAAAUUAUCGCACUAGCAGCCACAAAAUAUAUAAUAGACCUAGAAGCUCAGCCGCGCGUCAGUUUCGAUUUCGGAUCUGAAAUAUUUGUUCCAGCAUAUAUUUGAAUAACGAGAAUUUUUAAUUGUUUAAACUCGAACAAAAUGUCCAUUAUUCCGUGGUUUGAUGAUGUUUUCUUGUCCCGCCCAUCAAGAAGAUGCCAAUUAAGUCUGUUCCGAGACCCUGAAGAAUACCUCAACACAUAUCUGCCGAGAGAAAUACUUCGGUAUCCUCUGGAGGAGCUGGCUAAUUUGAGGAAUGUACUACAGAUUACCGGGGUUGAUGUAAAUUCAGAUAAAGACAAAUUCCAAGCCAACAUCGACGUGCAACAGUUCAAACCAGAGGAAAUUUCUGUCAAAGUGACGGGCGACAACACUGUUACCAUAGAGGGCAAGCACGAGGAGAAACCAGACGAGCAUGGGUACAUUUCAAGACACUUCGUUAGGAAAUAUGUUCUUCCAGAGAAUUGCAAUAUGAAACAGGUUCAAUCUAAGUUGUCUUCGGAUGGGGUUCUGACUAUUACAGCACCAAAAAUAGACGAAGAAAAGAAGAUUGAGUACCGAGAGAUUCCGAUAACCAGAACAGGUCAGCCCAUGAAGAAGGUGGAGCAAAAGGAUGCCCAAGAAGAAGCGAAACAGUAAUUUAUGUUAUUUGCUUGAUAUGUUGCCAUUUCUAAUGAUAUGAUGUAGCAAAUAAUUCUGAUUUUAAUAAAUUAAGUUCUGUCACAGUCACUAUUUAGUUUUAA